UCAUUUGAUUCCGUAUAAACUUUAAUAAGAAAAAGGAAAAAUAUAUUUGAAAUUUUCAAUCUCUACAUAUUUGCCUGUUUUCCUGUGUUGUUUUAAUCAGAAGAAAUCGAAACCCCCCAUGGGAAGGCCCCCCAGUCAUGGAGCUCCUACCUUUCGCUUUAACAACGCCGAGGUUGCGGAAAUGGAAGCUAUGUUGCAAGCGAACAAUGCCACAGUGCCGGCACGCGAAGUUCUUGAAGCGCUUGCUCAGAAAUUCAGCACAUCGCCAGAAAGAUCGGGAAAGUUUGUAGUUCAAAUGAAACAAGUGUGGAAUUGGUUCCAGAAUAGGCGUUAUGCUAUAAGAGCAAGAAGAGUUCCUGGGAAACAAAAUACAUCUGCACUUUCUCGAGAUGAUUCAGCUGUGCCAAAAAAUGUUGCUCAAGCUGCUCAGUUACAACACCCUCAACCACAGCAUCCACAAUCACAACACCCUCAACAGCAACAUCUACAACCCCAACACACUCAGCCACAACAUCCACAAUUACAACAGCCACAAUUACAGCAUCCACAACCACAUCUACAGCCACAACACCCUCAACCACAACAACAUCUACAGCCACAACACCCUCAACCACAACCAGCUCCUCUAGCUACACUGAGAAAUGUGCCAGAAGCCCCUAUCCAUCUGCCUGCUUCUGCAGGCAGUGUUGCAGACAGUACCCCAACGGAGUUUGAAGCAAAAUCUGCUAGAGAUGGUGCAUGGUAUGACGUUGCAAGCUUUCUAUCUCAUAGGAAUCUUGAGACAGGUGACCCGGAAGUUCUUGUGCGGUUUGCUGGCUUUGGAGCAGAAGAAGAUGAAUGGGUUGAUAUCCGUAGGCAUGUUAGACAACGGUCUCUUCCAUGUGAAUCCUCAGAGUGUGUAGCAGUUCUUCCAGGAGACCUUGUACUCUGUUUUCAGGAAGGCAAAGAGCAGGCUCUCUACUUUGACGCACAUGUUCUUGAUUCGCAAAGACGAAGGCAUGACAUAAGAGGUUGCCGUUGUAGGUUUCUGGUGCGCUAUGAUCAUGAUCAGUCUGAGGAAAUUGUGCCACUGAGAAAGGUAUGCCGUCGACCUGAGACCGAUCACAGGCUGCAGCUGCUUCAUGCUUUGAAUGACUCUGCAACAGCAAAACAGCUCAAAGCUGGUAUUGAGCCUCGUACUGCUAGCUCAUUGAGGGUGUAUCCUCCUCCCGAAGUGACAGAGAGGCAGCUACAAAAAGAGGAAUAUGUCGAUGUCAUUCCUGUGGUUCCUGCAACUUCUAAUUCAAAUUUGGUUGCAGGUAGUGACACCAAAAUUCAGCAACCAAAUGGUUCCGAGAUUGAGGAUGCUGCUCCUGUAAAAAUUUCCGAUUCCCUGCAAGGCAGCGGUGUUCAGUUACUAGAAGCUCCUGGGCUCAUCACAACUGUCAUCCAGAAAGAUCCGAUUACGCCACUGGGAAAGAAUACUGCGACUGAAGAUGCAGUAGAUGAAGCUGCUACAAACAUUCGUGGAAAUCAACUUGACGCUGUGUUAAAUGAUGUUGAUGUACAUGAAGCUGAUACAAACAUUGAAGGACAUCCAAAUGUGACACAAGAAACUAAUGAUGUGUUGAUAAAAGCUGCUACAAACAUUGAGGAAGACAUAAACGGGACAUCGGAAAAUGAUGCUAUGUUUAACGAAGAUGUGGCAAACACUGUGGAAGAUAUGAAUGGGUCACCGGAAGAUGAGGCUGUGUUAAAUGAAGAUGCAGGAAACGCGGAAGAUCAGGCUGUGUUAAAUGAAGAUGCAAGAAACCUGGAAGAUGGGGCUGUGUCAAAUGAAGAUGCAGGAAACGUUGAGGGAGAUACAAAUGGGAUGCUGGAAGAUGGGACUGUGCUGUAUGAAGAUGGUGCAAACAUCGAGGGAAACACAAAUGGGAUGGUGGAAGAUGUCGUUCUGUUAAAUGAAAAUGUUACUGGUACCAGCACUACUGCUGACCAAUGAUUAGUUAAGAUCUUCCCCAUCUCUAUAUUUUGUUCUUAGAUUGACUCUUGUUUUUCUUAUAGUUGAAUUACAUGAGUUUAGGCUGCAUAUAGUGCCUGGAACAUGAUUACAGAGUUUUACAAGGAAAUCAAUAAAUUGGCAGAUAACCAAUUUAGAAGAUUUUUCUCUCGCCUUCUUAAAGGCACUUUACUUGUAUUGUUUUUCUGAAUAAAUUGAAGUUAGAAUGAACUGCAUUUUAUCCAGCUUUAGUUGUAUAAAGAAUUGUAAUGUAGGAAUCCAUGAUUUAGUUGCAUGUAUUAAUAAAAAGUGUCAUUUGUUUCAUUUUCAAAUGCAUCAUGCAACACCAUUACACCAAAAGCUGAGUUUAAUAUGUGUGAAAGUGACCUCAGUUCACCAAAUCCACUACUUGAACAUAGUCUUGACCCUCCAGUUGUUUUGGAAUCUCUUGUCAUCUUUCUUGCACCCAUUCUUGAAAUAUGACCUGGAGAUGGAAAGAAGAGUACUUGGACCUAAUCUUGGUACCGAUCGGACUGUUGAUUAUGUUCAGUUAUCAUCUCUUUCUUCUCUACAGAUACCUGAGAUAUCCUCACACGACGGUGAUGGGAUGUGAGGAUCAUUACAAGAGAGUCUGGGUUGAGAAGACCAUGCAGCUUGAUGCCAAGGACAGAGGGACAGCUAUAGCCGUGAUCAACAGCAACAUAAUAGCAGCAACCAACAUGUCCUCAGUCUCUCUCGUCUUGAGCUCUCUGAUCGGAACGUGGAUAGGAAGCUCAACUGGAAAAAGCAUCCUUUCAAGCGCUGUCAUUUACGGAGACACGAGGAUGACAAUCACUUCCUACAAGUACAUCGCUCUUCUCACAUGCUUCCUGCUGGCUUUUGCUUCUUUUGUACAAAUGUUGAGGAACUACACACUGGCUGCUUUUCUCAUUAGUAUGCCACACUGUGAGAUUCCUGUAAGCUAUGUACAGAAGCCAGUUAUAAGAGGGAGUAACUACUGGACGAUUGGCUUGCGGGCACUUUAUUUUGCAACUAGUUUGAUUAUGUGGAUUUUUGGUCCGAUCUCAAUGUUCGUUUCCUCGGUCGUCAUGGUUGCUGUGUUAUACCAUCUCGAUACUACUUCAACUGAACCGUAUUUAUUUCGGUCUCAAUUUAAGCGUGGUAAUUUCCUCAUGGUUGGUGAAGAACUAGUCACAAACUAUUAAAUACCUAUUAACAUGGCUUUGUGGGCAAUAAAAAGGAAAUGUAAACUGAGAGUAUAUAUUUGUGGAAUAAAACAGCUCAUUUUGCUUA